AUCAGUUUUAUGACAGAGCUGGAGUUUUUUUUGGUAAUUUGCAGCGAUGAGUCCUGUUUCGGGAGAUAGAAGUGUUAGAACAAUUUUUUUCCCAAGUAGUCCAGAACUCGAAUAAAUACAUUUGGAACUGCACGGGUGUGUAUUGACAAUGAGUGCAGUUACCUCUCGUCGAUUGAGUGCCAGUACGUCAAAUGUAGCCAAGCUGGAGGAGAUGGAGCGCCUGCUGAGAGAGGCGCAGGCCGAGAAGAACCGCCUCCUCGAACACAAGGAGCGGGAAAUGGAAUUUCGAAAGCAGGCCUUGGAAGAGGAGAGGAGGAGACGCGAGGAUCUGGAGAAAAGGUUACAAGAGGAGACCAACAGACGCCAGAAACUGAUCGACCGCGAGGUGAAGCUUCGAGAAAAGCAGAGGGUGCAGUCCCGGCCUCUUACUCGGUAUCUGCCUGUGAGGAAGGACGAUUUUGACUUGCGGGCUCACAUUGAGUCGGCGGGCCACAGCCUAGACACGUGCUUCCACCUGUCCAUCUCUGAAAAGACCUGCCGAGGCUACUUGGUCAAGAUGGGAGGCAAAAUCAAAACGUGGAAGAAACGCUGGUUCGUCUUUGACCGCAACAGACGCACACUAUCCUACUACGCAGACAAGCACGAAGUCAAGUUGAAAGGAGUCAUUUACUUCCAAGCUAUUGAAGAAGUAUACUACGAUCACUUGAAGAAUGCACACAAGAGCCCAAACCCCUCCCUGACCUUCAGCGUGAAGACUCACGAUAGGGUCUACUACAUGGUUGCUCCCUCUCCCGAGGCCAUGAGGAUCUGGAUGGAUGUGAUCGUCACAGG